CUCCUCUCGGGAAUCCCACAUUUUCGUACCGCAGAUCGGUCUUGAGGUCCUUUCCUCCCCCAUCUUUCCUUUCGUCCAGGCGAGAAACUCUCUGGAACAUGAGCCUGACCCAGCAAGGUUCUUGAUUCUUGGGGGUUGAUCAAACUCCAAGCUCGACAAUAUGAUUGGCUGCCGGACGACCUCGAAUCCUUACUCAUGAAAUGCUCGGUCACUUAUCCCUCACAAGUUUCGCCGCCACAGCAAUUCGAUUUCGGGCGCGGCGCCUCAAGAAGGUAGCUUUGAGACCAUCAGUCUUAGCCAGGCACUGAAGACAAGAGCGUUACGGCUCACCAACAAAAUCACGAUGCCAGAAGAGGCGAAAUAGAGAAACGAGCCAAAUAUGGCGGCGGAACAAACCCCGCCAUCCAAGGAUUCGCUUCUUGAAGAAUGAAGAGGGUCAAGCGGAUAGCACCCCCUCGGUAGAUUGCCCUGGGCUGGAGCAUGUUGAGGUAACAAGAGAGGAGUCAUUGUCAAAACCUGAACCCGAACGGUUGGAUCGAACUGAGCCGGGCCCGAGGAGCGGGGGCGUUGUAUAGCUCGACAAUACCUUCCCACUCAUGUCGAUGACAAAGGGAACGAAUCUCCAUGCUGGGAGAUCUAGUGUCCUCGGGGAAUUCGACCAGGGUCUCGAACUCCCCGCAAAACCCCAGACUCCUUGGAUGAUCAGCCGGGCUCGACUGCUCCAUGGUAUUAAAGGCUCUUCCCCUCGAGUAGUCGACCUCCUUCGAAGCGGUUCAGACUUUACGAUACCCUACCUCACGAAAGAACAUCUCAUACUUACUAGCCAACAUGUUCGGACUCAAUAGGUAUCAGUUGUUUUGUCUCGCUUAUAUCACAUUUGGUUCUGCUUUCUAUGGUUACGAUUCUGGCAUUACCACCUCCGUGCUCGGGUACUCGAGCUUCUUGACUUACUUCAGCCUCGAUGCGAACACCAUCGGAGCCUUCAACUCGGCAUACUAUGCUGCGUGUGCUAUUGGCAACAUCGCCAACUGGUACCUCCCUGACCGAUUCGGACGGAUACGGACUCUACAAUUUGCCUGUCUCCUCAACGUCCCUGCCAUCGUCUUGCAGACUGCUGCUGUCAAUUAUGGGAUGUUUGUGGCCGGGAGAGUAAUUGGUGGUCUGGCUUGCGGCAUUGUGUUUGCCCUGUGUCCAGUCUACGCCAGUGAGAUUGCACCACCACAUAUCCGAGGCCGGAUUGGCAUGAUAUAUGCCAUGAACGUCUCUAUUGGCUACGCGGUCACCGAGUGGAUAGGGCUCGGGUUCUAUUUCAUCAAAGGGAACGCCUCAUGGAGAGUUCUGUUUGGUCUCCAGGCGGUCCCGACCCUGGUGAUGGGUGUGUUCUCCUUCUGGAUGCCACGCUCGCCCCGCUGGCUAGUCAUGAAAGGGCGAUACGACGAGGCCAAGACCGUCCUGAAGCGCAUCCACGGCGGCUUGCACCAGGACGACACCUUCUACGAACGCGAGUUCCACCAAAUCAAGGCGCAGAUCCAACUCGAUCAGGACGAGCAGCUCGGCCUCAAGGACAUCUUCACGAAGCCGUCAUAUCGCAAGCGGGUUCUUCUGGUCAUGAACUUCUUCCUCUUCCAGCAGCUCACGGGCAUCAUUCCCCUCCAGAACUAUCAAGUCUUUAUCUACCAGAUCUGCGGGUUCGAUGCCGUCAUGUCCCUUGUCCUGGUCGGCAUCUGGGGCACCGUCGUCUGCAUCGCGGUCGCCUGCAUGUCGCCUUGGUUCGACCGCAUUGGCCGCCGGUCGUCCGUCUUCUUGGCCUACGGUUUCAUCGUCCCGGGCGCCUUGCUGAUCGUUAUCAUGUGGGCUCGAUUCGAAGCCGGUGGUAGCACGGACCUGGGCGUGGCCAAGGGCAUCAUCUUUGGCAUGUUCUUUCUCGUUUGGGGGUAUGGUGGCAUCCUCAACACGUUUGCCCCAUGCUACUCCUCGGAGAUUAUGCCUACCUGCAUUCGGGCCGCGGGAGUAGCGUGCGGCUACGCGACGUUCAACUGCAUCGUCAUCCUACUCGUCCAGGUCACGCCCCUGGCCCUCGAGCACAUCUCGUGGAAGUACUUCCUCAUCUUCGUCGUCUGCGACUUCAUCUUCAUCACCACAUUCUACUUCUUCUACCCGGAGACGAAGAACAAGACCCUCGAGGAGAUCGAAGCCAUCUUUGGCGACCGCAUCGCCGAGACGUUCGAGGAGGCCGGCCAGCAUUUCCAGGAGCAGGAGAAGGAGAAGGCCCACGUUGUGGAGCACAAGGAAGUCUAAACGUUGGGUAUUGGGGGAGGAUGCCGAUCCAAAGGGAAAAGGCCAGUGUUCCCCGUUGAGAUAUUUCCCACCCACGAAGACAGUUUCGCGAUGGGCAUGUGACUACCCGGAACGUGUGUGUCCCGGGACGUGUGUGUGAUUUCGAUGUACUCAAUCUUGCUGUCGCCAAAGGAAGCAAGCGAGCCUGAAGGGACAAGGAGCGGAGCAGAGCAGCAGAUAUGACGUGACCCUAGACAGCCACCAUCAAUCUCGAC